AUGGUGCCCUUCUUCAGAGCAGCUGAAUGUGACAGACCCAUGCCACGACGUGCCAGUGCAGUGGAGAGAGAUGCAGCGAAUCCGAAGUGCAACAAUCGUAACAAGCAGACCAGCGGGUGUGCUUUGCUCGAAUCUCUGACGUCUCGAAGCCGGCCGGUCAAGGAAGAGCUUACACCGCAGCAGGUGCAAGCAACAUACCAGCAGAUAGAGAAGGAAUGCUCUGUCAUGAUUAACAAGAUCGCAGAGCUCGAGCAAGAGCUCAACGAGCACGCUUUGGUGAUCAAGGCUUUUGACAAAGUCGACUCCACGAGAAGAUGCUUUCGCAUGGUCGGUGGCGUUCUGGUAGAGCGCACGGUCGCAGAGGUCAGACCAGCUGUCGAGUCCAAUUUGGAGAAGAUACAGCAGGCCGUGAACCAGCUCCAGGAACAACUCAAAAAGAAAACUGAGCAAAGGACACAAUUCAUUCAGAAGUACAACUUGAAUCAGCAGAAACAGGCCUCUCCUACUCCAGCACCCGAAGCUGAUGCCCCCAGCAAGGGUGGGGGAAGUGUUCUUGUUUGA